GGCUUAGUCGGAAGCAACUGCGGACCGAAGCAAAGUAACAGUUUUUGUUAGGAUGCAUAAACAAUGGUCGGAAAUAAUGCGGCGAUAGCGUUGGUUGCCAUUGCAACGUGCGUAGUGUUCCAUUUGGAUCGAGUUGGCGCUAGCUGUUGCCAUGACGAUGAAUUCAUCAACAAAUGUCGCAAUCACGCAGACGCCAUCAACUCUUCGACAGACGCAACCGUCGUCUGCAGGCAUUUGCAGGAUCUGUUUAACUGUGUGACUGAGACCACGCCAGAAUGCAUUGAACAGGCCGUGUUAAAAUUUACAAUUACCCUCCACGACCAAAUCCGCUGUCAUCCGUCACACGAGGACUACCAAAGAUAUCAGGAAGUGCAGGUCCGCGCAUGCGCUAGCCUUGAAGAAGCCAAUGGCAAGCAACAAGUCCUCGCUAUGAACGGAAGCCAUGGUGACCAUGUCGCGCACAAUAGCCACACGGUGGUUUAUAAUACCUCCGACGAUCACACAAACGGCAGCGUUUCCUUGCAGAGUGCAAACGGUUCUGAUAAACGAGGUACCUCGAUUUUUCCAGCCAUGGCGAUCCUUUUAACUACUCUCUUUGGCAUAGAAAGGUUAAUUUUGUAAAUGUGAUUAACGCGUGUAUAGGCGUCUCUGGACCUAAACUUCGAUUGAAGUUUGAAUUCAUAUCAAUAACGUUUGGUUAUGAAAUGGAACAAUUUAAUUAAAAAGUGUAUUACAGUUGUAUAUGUUUGCUGACAAUACGGGUUACGCCUGUUUUGCUGAUAUAUACCAAAUAAAAAUGUAUUCGUGCGUCUCAACAAAA